AUGUUUUUCUGCUUUGCUAUUUCUUUUAUCUAUUUAUUCAUGCCUGCUACCACUUUGUUCUGCAGGAUUCUUUGUUAUUUUAUCUCUGCACAAUUCUCAUUUGAAUAUCUAUCUCUAUCUAUAAAAGGCAGGAUCUAUCCCUUUCUCAUUGUUAUCAAGACUUUCUCCAAGUCUUCUUUCAUCUUCUUGUUUCCCAAAAUAUUUAGCUAUCCCUUUCUCAUUGUUAUCAAGACUUUCUCCAAGUCUUCUUUCAUCUUCUUGUUUCCCAAAAUAUUUAGCUAUCCCUUUCUCAUUACUUUCUCCAAGUCUUCUUUCAUCUUCUUGUUUCCCAAAAUAUUUAGCUAUCCCUUUCUCAUUGUUAUCAAGACUUUCUCCAAGUCUUCUUUCAUCUUCUUGUUUCCCAAAAUAUUUAGCUAUCCCUUUCUCAUUGUUAUCAAGACUUUCUCCAAGUCUUCUUUCAUCUUUUGUUUCCCAAAAUCUAUCCUUUCUCAUUGUUAUCAAGACUUUCUUCUUUUUUCAUCUUCUUGUUUCCCAAAAUAUUUAGCUAUCCCUUUCUCAUUGUUAUCAAGACUUUCUCCAAGUCUUCUUUCAUCUUCUUGUUUCCCUAAAUAUUUAGCUGUCCCUUUCUCAUUGUUAUCAAGACUUUCUCAAGUCUUCUUUUUCUUUCAUCUUCCCUUUCUUUCCUUUCAAAAUAUUUCCCAAAAUAUUUCCCUUUCUCAUUGUUAUCAAGACUUUCUCAAGUCUUCUUUCAUCUUCUUGUUUCCCAAAAUAUUUAGCUAUCCCUUUCUCAUUGUUAUCAUUGUUAUCAAGACUUCUUUCAUCUUCUUGUUUCCCAUGAGCAAAAGUGUUGCCUUUCUCAAUCUCUCUUCUUCAUUCUUCCCAUUCUCUCUAGCAUUCAUUUGUUCUUUCUUUACUUGGUCUCUUCUUUCUUUUGUUAUUUACUCAACCCAUUACUCCUUCAAUAACCUCUACCUCACUUUUUUCUUUCUCUCUCUCUUUCCUUCUUUCUUCUGCUUUGUCUCUUUUCUACUUUUCUCUGUCUUUUUUUAA